UUUUUUAAAAAAAAUCAUUUUAACAAUAUCAUUUUUUUUCUGUCCUUAAAAGUAUAAAUCUUAUGAAAAACUUGACUUCACUUCGAAUUUCAAAAUUUAGUUUAAAUCUUUUUAGUCAUAGUUAAAUUAAAAAAAGAGUUUUUUACCUGAUAAUUCAUAAGUUAGGAAGCAGUACUCUGACGUCUUUUUGCGGUUUUUGUCUGGUUUAGGUCAGUGUUUUAUAUUUCAAUUUCGGUCUUUUGGUAAUUUCGACCUCCACCCUCAAUUUUUAAUGUGGUUGUUUGGUUGAGGACCCAAUGGCUUCUUGAGAAGCUUUUAGGGGAAAACAGAAUAAACUUAAGAUUAGUUUAAUCUAAGCACGUCUAUUUAAAUCCAUCAAAAGAUUUACACUAUUCACAGCUUUGUUUGGAAUGAAACAAAAAAAAUACAGUUACCUGAUCCUAAUGCCAUUCCAUAUCCACGCCCUUACAAAAAAAAAAUUACUUCACAGAAAGAAAACGGUAUUUGUAAUGGCGUACACGACUGUUGGGGUAAAAUUGGGUAUGGUUACACCGUAAUUUUGGCUCUGCGUCAUCUAUCCCGGCGCGUCAUCUCUCCCGACUUUACCCUACGUACCAUAACUCAAACACCAAGAUAUAAUAUAAAUUCUUUUUGUAGCAACAUGCUUUACAGAUGUCAAAGAAAAAUGUAGAUUUGCGCCAUGCCUUUUACAGCAUUUAUGCGUUAUUACAUUUUUUAAUAAUCAUUAUUAAGUAUAAAUCUUAUGACAGCUUAUAUAGUUGUUCCACAUUUAAAAGGUUACUUUCUUGGAAUAAUAAUUGACUCGGGUAUCUUUUUGUUUUAAACAUAAUUAUUUUUAUUAUAUAUUUUUGAGCAAUGUCUAAACUAUUUAAGACAUUCUUGCAGGCACUACCCCAAACAAUUAUUUGACUUAAUUAAUUGACAAAACAAAUUUUGCAAAAAUACUAACAAUAAUUUCAAGAAAAGUACAAGUAAAACUAUACAAUUUAUACGUAACCAUAAAGAGCUUGUAAUCACAAAAGCAGAUAAGGGUAAUUGCACCGUAAUCCAAAACAAGUAUGACUUUGACCAAAGGAUAGUUAAUGCUCUCAAUGAUACUGAAACUUAUAAAAAAUUAAAUAAAAAUCCUACCAUGAACAUUCAAAGUAAAACUAACAAAAUUAUAUCACAAAUUUUUGAUAAAAAAAUGAUAUCGAUUGAACAACAAAAAUGGUUAAAAAUUAAUAAUGGUGUCGCUCCCAAAAUCUAUUUUUUACCAAAAAUUCAUAAAUUGGGGACACCACUACGACCCAUAGUCUCUUUUACUGGUUCCCCUCUUUACAAUUUAACAAAACUUUUGUCCAACAUUUUACAUUUUUUUAUAAAAGAUGAACGAUAUGUGAAAAAUUCUUUUGAUUUCGCUAAUUACAUUAAAGAGCAAACAGUCCCUGAAGGUUAUAUUCUUGUAUCGUUGGAUGUUGUUUCUUUAUUUACUAAUAUACCGGUGGACCUAGUAACUGAUAUAAUCACUCAAAAGUGGCAUCUUAUCCGGCCUAAUACAUCGCUAGACCUUGAAACAGUUGUUUUUCUUUUUAAUUUUUGUAUUGAGAAUAAUUAUUUCCAACAUGGUGAAAAUUUCUAUACCCAAAUUUUUGGCCUAGGAAUGGGAAACUGCAUGUCCCCAAUAUGCUCAGACAUUGUAAUGGCACGACUACAAGAUCAGUGUAUUUCUGAACUAUCUUUUAAUGUACCUUUUUUCUGUAGGUACGUUGAUGACAUAAUCACGGCAAUUCCAAAUAAAAAAGAAAACGAAAUUCUAUCAGUCUUCAAUAGUUUCCAUCCACGUUUACAAUUCACUAUCGAACAAGAAAUUAACUGUAGUCUUCCAUUUUUGGAUGUUAAAGUCAUAAGAUCCACAGAUGGUACCAUAAAAACAGAUUGGUAUCAAAAACCAACUUUUUCAAAACGCAUUUUAAAUUAUUUUUCAGAACAUCCUAUGACACACAAAAUAAAUGUAAUAAAAAACCUAAAACAUCGGUGCUUGAGACUUUCUAGUCUAGAAUAUCAUAAAAAAAACCUUCAUUAUGUUCAGACAAUUUUAAAGAAAAACAACUACCCCCUAUCAAUUAUUAAAAAAAUAAUUAACGACACCGAGAACAUUACUCAAAAUAUUACACGAAACAAUGAAAAUAAUCAAUUGACUUAUUUCAAGAUUCCUUACAUUAACACACUUUCUCAUAAAAUUAAAAAGACCAUACAAUCAAAAUCUGAUGUUAUUAAAAUCUCAGAAAGAAGUGAAAACUCGGUAAGAAAACAUUUCUUUACGAAGCUUAAAACUAAAGACGCCUUUGAUUUACAUUCUAACAUUAUUUAUAAAAUACCUUGCUCUGGGUGUGAUGUGUGUUACAUUGGUCAGACGGGUAGAUAUUUGAGGCAGCGCCUAUACGAACAUGAGUAUGAUUGUAGGAAUUUAGCCCUUAAAAAAAACCCUACUGCUUUAGCUGAGCACAAAAUGAAUACAGGACACAAUUUUAAUUUUGGCAAGACUACAAUUAUGGGCCAACAGCAGCUUUUUAAAAAGAGACUUCUAGCCGAAAUGAUAAACAUAAAAAAACAUAAUAAUGCGGUAGACAAUCUAAGUUCUUCUUAUUUUAAUCUAAUAGAUCAAAUCAAAAUGUAAACUUUUGGGACUGUUUUGGUUCUUAUCUCUAAAAAGAAUGCGUCUAUUGUGUUCUCGCAUACCCGGUUUUUCUGGCUAGAUGCUAAAUUAUUAUUGUACACCGUAGAAUCAAUUUUAAAGCAACUGUCUGUGAUACAACCCAUCAAUUUAAACCGUUUUUGUUAAAAAAAUAAUAUUUUAUAUAUUCUAUGUUACCUGUGUGUCCUGUAAACAUGAUUUUUUAUGACAAGCAAAAUCACACUGUUAUGGCCCUGAUGAAGCAAUAAAAUUAUUGCGAAACGUUGGCCAGUACAUAAAGUGACGUUUGUUUUUAUUCCUUCGAUCCCAUCCCACAACUAAACUCAAGAUUUCAAACCUAUAGGAUCGCAACUAAAAUUAUUGAAUAUUACCAAACAAUUAUCCCAUAAUUGAUAAGAGACUCUACAAGAGAAAAGUAAAUUGUUUUUAAUAGCUUAAAGGUCAAAAUGUUGCGUAAUUCAUAAAACGUAUGCAUGACUUUUUUUAUUUUUGUAGUGACAUACUCCAAAUGUAUGGUCCAUUUUAAACAUUUAUCUAUAUAGAUACCCAAAUAUUUUAGAUACUCCACUCUUUCCACCUCCCAAUCACAAACACCCAUAUCAGGUUCACAGUAUACACUGUGGGUUUUUAAUUUAUGAAAGUCAGGUAAUGUUUUCGUACUCAUGGCAAAUGUAAAAAAUUUUGUCUUGUCAAUAUUUGAUGACAAUAAACUAUUAUCUAACCAGUAUUUAAUUGUUGAAAUUGCAAUCUCUGCCCUUUUAAUAGUUGUCUCCCAUGUUUCCCCUACAAUGAAAACUACAAUAUCGUCAGCAAAACAGUAUACCUCACCUUGAUCCAAAAUCGAAAAUAUGCCAUCAAUAUAAACAUUAAAAAGAAAGGGAAUUGAACACAAUACCCUGAGGCACACCAUAGUCAACAAAGACUGAAUUACUUCUAAUUCAGAGAAUAAUUUUAAUUUUAUGAGGUUUUUUGCCCCUAAUUCCCAUUUUAUCCAGCCUCUCUGGUAGAAUAUGAUGCGCCACAGUGUCAAAGGCUUUGGCCAAAUCGAAAAAUAUCUCCAAGACCCUCCUACCCCUUAUACAAGUUACCUACAAUGGACUCUGUUUUCCGGCAAACUGGUUUUUUGAGAACAAGUUAUUACUUUCUAUGAAAUACUGUAGUCUUGGUUAAAUGCACUUUUCAACCAGUUUGCUUAAUGUGCUUGUUAUAGAUAUCGUCCUAUGGUUUGUGGUUAACUCUAUAUUUCCUUGUUUAAAAAUAGGCACUAUAUUUGUCUUUUUAAGCACACUUGGAUAAAUUUCACCACUAAAAAUGCAGUUGACAAUAUGCGACAGAGGUUUUAAUAAUAAGUGUCUGUGAUUAUGUUUGAUGAUCUCAGAAGUAAUUAAAUCAUCUCCACUUGCUCUAUUGUUUUUUAAGAUUUUAAUUUGUAAUAUUUAUUUAUUUUCUGUAAAAGGAGUGAAGUAAAAGGAAUUUAAGUUAAUCUCAGUUCUUUCUAUAUAAUUUGCUCUUGACUUUUUAAUUUUACUUGCCAACCUUUGCCCUACUCUACUAAAAUAAUUAUUAAAUUCAUCAGCAAUCAAGGCGGUAUCAGUCAGGGUUCUGCUAUUUUCGUUGACAAUCUUUUUUAUUUCACAGUUUUUUGUUAUGUCAUUAGUGGCCUCUUACCACUUUCCAAGUAUUUUUUAGAUCAUUAUUGCAGUUUUGAAUCUGUGUUAUUUGGAUUUAAUGUACAUUGCCUUUUAAGUUUGUCACGCUUUCUUAUAGAAGUUAGUAGUCCCUGAGUGAUCCACAGACUUAAUCUUAGAUUUUUACAACUAAUUUUGCAAUUCUAAGUACAUGUCUCAAUCACAUUUUGCAAAACAGUUAGAAACUUCACAGUACAGGACUCUAUAUGUGAAUUUGCCACUAUGUUAUUCCAACCUAAUUUGGAUAGUUUUCUAAGUUUUUCCAACUUUAUAUAGUCAAUUUUUUAUAUUUCGUUUUUUUUUAGUACAAAAAAACUCAGAUUUAAGUCUAAUAUUCAAUAGAAAGGAUAAUGGCCUGUAAAGUCUCUAUUUAAAAUAACUGAACUUAUUUCAUUCUAUAGCGUGUAAAUAAAUAGAUGCGAAAAAAUUCAGGGACUGAUUUUUGGGAAAAUUUUAAGAAAAAAUUUUUAUAUGAACGUAUGUCUUAAAAGGCGUAACUUUUAAGAUACCGGGUGGUAAACAUUAAAGAAAAAUAUAUUGAAUUAAAAAUGUAUUGAAAAAAUUAGCCUCAGAAAAUGCCUUUUGAUGCGUAGAAAAUGCAUACCAAACAUUACUAAAAUAUUCACAGGUAUUGUAAAAAAACUUAUAUUUUUUUUCAAUCUUUACGACCUGGUAUCUUAAAAGUAUAAUAUAAAGUUUUUUUCUUAAAAUUUACCCAAGAAUCAACCCCUGAAUUUUUUCGCAUCUAUUUAUUUAAACCCUGUAUAUAUAUCACUCACUUGCAUUUAACAAAUAAGUGAUUAACACAAGUUGCCGAGUUCCCCUGUACUCUUGUGGGUGAAUUUACCAUACCAGAAAAACCAUAAUUGUGCAGCAAGCUUAAAUGUUUCACGGUUCAUCAAUGGUUUUGUGACACUUAGAUACUGAACUUUAAGAGAUUUCAUAUCAUUUGCCUGAAUAAUAUGCCUUUCUUGGAAUAUAUCGGUCUUAGCAUAAAUUGCACACCCAUCAAAGUUAUUUAGCAUGCUUUCAUUCCAAAAAAUAGUUUAUCCUGGAAUGUUAGAUUCGAGAAAAACUAAAAAAUUGUCAUAAUUCUUAUAUAUACUUUUUAUAUUUACAUGUAUUCUACUUAAGCUUGCUAUGGAGUCUCUAAAAAAAGGAACUUGAGUAAGAUUAUCACAAACUGUUGCCUCCUUCUUUCUGUAUUCAUUAAGUGCGACGUUUAAACGACUAAUAUUAGUCCUAUCUAUCAACUUAUCAAUCUUACCUCUACCCAUAUGAUUAAAUGAAAGAAAGUUUAAGAAAAAAAAAUAGUUUAAGCUAUCCUCUGCAUUCUGUAGGUCCGGAUCUGAUUUUAUUUUAAUAGGCCUAUCGCCAUCUGAUUUCCUUAGAAAAAUAUUACCAUGUGAUGUGUAUACAGCCCUAUAGGUAAACCUUGAUUUCAGUUCUCUAGCUUUUUGAAAUAAUUUUCUCUUAUAAACAGUCAUAUCAUCGUUCAGGUAAAGUUUUCCAUCCUUCCCAUCCAGAUUUCACCCUCUUACAGUUAUUCUCCUCCGCUGUCUAACUUGCACCAUGAUCUGUCUCUUUUUCUCAAACUUUACCAGUAUUCUUCCCCCUUCUCUCUUCUCUAGUUGGUAAGACUCUUAGCGUUACAUCCCCGGCUUUACAAAUUUGUUUUGUUAUUUUAUGUAGGUUGGGUUCUUUUUUGCUUUGGGACACCUACAAUUAUUAGGUUAUUAGCUCUUUCAUGCUGUUCAAUUCCAUCUAAGGUGCUUUCCAAUAACUGGACCCUUUGUUUGAGCUCCAAAUUCCUCGAAACAUAGCCAUUCUUCUUCCUAGUACGCCAUCUUUCUACGAAGGUUCGCGAUCAAUUUUUCUCGUUUACAAGGGCUCCAAGGAAUAUUUAACGGACGGCACUUGUUCCACAGACUGAUUGUUAAUUUGAAAGAUCGUACGUCUUGGUGCUAUGGAGAACAACACAACCACGUUGGUCUUGGCAACGUUUAUGUGUAGACCAUACUGUGUGCUAUGUUCAACGAUGAUAUUUAUAUCGAUAUAUUCUGGAAACGUGAGAGGCUGGCGACCACGAUCGCGUCGUGCGUCGCUUAGUCACCAUACCAUAGCCAGAGAAACACACCCAAACCAUAAACGUUACCACUUCCGGGCGGGUGUACGCGUAAUUGAGCCUUUCAUUGAUAGGUCGUUUUACGUAGCUCAUACCAUCACUCUGGAAUUUUGAUUCGAAAUUGAAUUUUGAUUCGUCGCUCCACAUGACUUUUCUCCACUGACGAGUGCACAUGAGCUUUUGCAAAGUUUAACCUGGCGCGUUUUUCUUUGACAGUAAUGAUUUUUUAACUAGUCUCCUGCCAUAUAAUUUUGCUUUAAUUAGCCUGCUUCUUAUGGUCCUUGAAUUUACGCCAAUUGCCAUAGUUUCCGAAAUACGAGCCCGGAUUUUGUUAGAGCUAAUAAAGGGUUCAUUUUCGGCAAUUCCUAAAAUUUCUUUAUCAUAUUAAAUUCAUCGUAUAUAUAUUACAUUAUAUUCAUCGUAAUAAAGUUGUUUUUUUUGUGUCCCAGACCUUUUUUCUUCAGAUACGCCUUUUGUCUCGCGAAAUCUCUUUAGAAUGGAGGAAAUAAUGCUUUUGUUUAAGAAAAAUAUUCUAGGGGUAUAAGCCGGCUUUUUCCCGUUUUAAAAAAAGAUUACAAUGCGGUAUUUAAUAUCCAUUGAUAGGUAUUUACGACGAGGCAUAUUACUAUUUAAGAAAAUCUUCACUAUUUGCGGUAACUAUGAACGUUAUGCGACACUAUGACUUUUUAAAAAGUAAAACUGACAGAGUGACAGGUUAUAAAUCUUGUACAAUCUACAAUAAUCCAAUAGCUCACAAUAAUCUCAUAUGAUCUUAAAACUAAGGGUUUAUAUAGAUAAAAUAUGCUGAUGUAGCCAACCACAUUGUGGAUUGUGAGAUUCAGCAGUUCUCACGAUGAUCAUUUGGUUAACUACGCCAUUGGAAAAGUCUAUGGUGAAGAGUCAACGGUUUUCACGGAUAUAACUCGGUUUUAACACCAAAUAAAUUAAAACGCGGUAUAAAAAUUCCAAAGUUGAGCCACUUUUUUCAUCACAAAAACACCAAAUGAUAUAAAUUCUAAUAUGUUUUUAUCAAAUUAUAUUUGUCUACUUAGUUCGAAGGAAUAUCUCUAAUAUUAUAUUAAAUUUAAAGAAAUUAUUGGCAUUUUUAAAAAGUUGCAUGCACUUUACAUUUUGCCAUUACUGUAUAUUAUCUUUCACAAAAAGAAAAAUCAAUAAACCUUGUGAUCGGCUGUUAUGACCAUAGAAAAUAAAAUGAGUUAUGAAAACGACGGUGUAAAUGGCAGUAAUUAACAGCACUGUUUUAACUUUUUUGAGUUAUGAAUUCUGAGAUAAAAGUUAUGACUGCAUUAAGAAAAGUUAUAUAUACCCAGCAUUAGUAUUAUGUAACCUAAAAUAUCUAAAGAAAUUAU